AUGCGGGAAACCAGAUUAUUCUCGUCGUUAUUCUUGCUUCUAGCCUUCAUCACCUCAAGCUCUGCUCUCUGGGGACUUGCACUUCCUACUGGCAUCCUUCAAAGGCCAUUAGUCUCCCAAUACGAUCAGCCCAUCAUGGACAAAAUCAUUCCAAGCAUCUUACAUCCAAAGACGCCUGAUAACAAUGCCCAAGUCGAUAGCGAGGAGCCUAUCAUCUCCGACGUCCUUCCCAAGACGAAGGGAAUCAAUAUCUUUGCCCAACUGACCAGAGAUUUCGAUUCGGUCUCCUCCCGCCUCAAUGACGCCUCCAAGAAUAUCACCGUCCUUGCGCCGCGCAACAGUGCCGUCCAGGACCUCCCCCGCAAGCCCUGGGAGGACCCGGAGGACUAUAAUAAAUUCGGAGAGGUGAACGCGUAUGAGGGACAGGAUGGAAAGGAUCGAGCGCGGAACAACCUGCGACGCUUCGUUGAGGCUCACCUCAUCCCUGUCAGCCCAUGGCAGGAAGGCGAGGAAGUCGAGACUUUGGGAGGCGUGAAAUUGAAGUGGACGAAAGAAGGUGAUAAGAUUAAGAUCCAACCCGGCGAUAUCGAAGUGGAUAAUGUCGCUGAGAAGGUUGCCAAUGGCGAAGUCUGGGUGUUGAACCGAGUGAUCAACUACAGUCGCUGA